AUGCUUAUGUUCUCGAGACUGAUAGAAGAUGGUCGUGUUCUCAAAAUUGGUGAGCAGAGUCUGUUAGAUUCAAGGCGUACUUAUGGAAUGAAUUCUGAUUUGGAACUGCAUUGUGGCCGUUUGCGGCGAUUCUUCUUUGGCGAUGAGCCGUGGAAAAUAGCUGAAAAAGAUUCAGAUAUCGAGAAACUUUUCCGGAAAUUUUUUUACAAAUUGCGAAUUAAGCUUCAAAGCGCCAGCAGGGAAGAAUGUGAGCAUCAAGAGGAAGAUAUUAUCCCAUCAUCGAGUAGCAUCUUAGAUAUCCCGAACAGUUCCAAGUUCAUGCGUCAUCAUACGACUCGUUUAGCUGUGGAUGUUCACGAAAAAGAUGACCUUGAAUUAAGAGAGAAUCGGAUGAAAUUCAAUCAAUUACGGCGAUUGCGUGCCUCCCAAAAAAACUUACCCAUUUAUGAAAAACGCGACGAGAUUUUGGAAAGCCUCAAAAAUGUAAAAGUUCUUCUUAUUGCUGGUGAUACAGGUUGCGGCAAAAGUACUCAGGUUCCACAAUAUCUUUUGGAUGCAGAUUACGACCGUAUCGUCUGUACGCAGCCACGACGCAUUGCAGCAAUAGCUCUUGCUCGACGAGUUGCCUAUGAAACGUUGAAUGAAUAUGGGAGUAAAAUCGCUUAUCAAAUAAGGUUCGAGAAAACACGUACAACAAGAACUCGGCUGUUAUUUGUCACUGAAGGACUACUUCUAAGACAAUUGCAGUCCGAUCCGGAACUUAAUCAGUAUAAUGUCAUUAUACUGGAUGAAAUCCAUGAGCGUAAUUUAUCCGGCGAUUUCUUGUUAGGACUACUUCGCAACUUGGUACGAAGGCGAGAUGAUUUGAAACUGAUUUUAAUGAGUGCUACCAUCAAUCUAGAAUUGUUUCAGAGCUAUUUUGGAGAUAGUCCUGUUAUCAAGGUUGCUGGACGUCUUUAUCCUAUCGAGCUACGAUACAUGCCAAUCAAGGAGCACAACCAAUAUGAGUCAGAAAAAAAGAAAGCGAAAAUUGACCCCGCACCGUAUCUCAAUAUCCUUCAAAUGAUUGAUGCAAAAGUUGACAGUAACGAAAGGGGUGAUGUUUUAAUAUUUCUGAACGGUGUCUCGGAAAUAUCAACGGUUGCAGAAGCCCUAAAAGUUUACGCAGAAACAUCAAAGAAAUGGAUUAUUUUAACGCUCCACAG